AUGAUGAGUCCAUUUAUCAUAGAUAAUGGUUCGUAUCAGAUGAAAUUUGGUUAUAGCAAUCACAAUAAGGACAGACUGCCUUUCACCUGUUAUAACUGUAUAGCAACAAAUAAAUAUUCCACAACAUAUAUCGGAAACCAGAUUGAUUCUAUAAAAGAUAUUUCCCAGGUGUAUAUCAAAAGACCCAUAGAAAGAGGACAGCUAACAUUGUGGGAAUUGGAAAGUAAUAUUUGGGAUUACUGUUUUUAUAAUCCAGAUGAGUUUAAAGGGUUAGAUUUAUCAGACAAUUUACCAUCCAAUUUGGACUUAAUACUAAGUGAAACAAUUUUUACAAUACCAGAACUCAGUAAGAACACUGAUCAAGUGGUGUUUGAAGAGUACGGGUUUAAUUCCCUAUAUAAAUCGCCAGUAGCUGGAUACGUGCCUUUCAACAUCAAUGCGAUAAAACAGGGAGCAUUAGAUGGUAAUAUUGGUACGGCACUAAGUUCCAACAGUAAUAUAGGUUAUAAUGAUUUCCAAUUAGUUAUUGAUUCUGGCUUUAAUUGUACCUGGGUUAUUCCAAUAGUAAAAGGAGUGAUAUAUUAUAAAGCAGUUAAAAAGCUAGAUAUCGGUGGCCGAUUCUUAACGGGAUUUUUAAAGGAAUUGGUAUCAUUUAGGCAUUAUGACGUAAUGGAUGAAACUAUAUUGGUUAAUAAUAUCAAGGAAACAUGUAUAUUUAUGAGUCCCGCUUCAUAUACCGAUAGUUUUAAAAGAAUCAACAAAACGGAUGAACAGGUUGAAUAUGUGUUACCGGAUUUCCAAACUAGUUUUAAAGGAUAUGUCAAUAAACAAACCGAUUCGGCGAUAGCAACCGGACACGAUUAUCAGUCUAUAAUACUAAAAGAUGAAUUAUUUGCAGUUCCUGAAACUUUUUUCCAUCCAGAAAUAGCCAACUUGAUUAAUAAACCCGGGAUUGUAGAGGUUAUUUUAGAAAGUAUCUCGAUGGUGCCUGAAGUUAUUAGACCAUUAUUGAUCAGUAAUAUAGUUUUAAUUGGUGGGAAUUUUAAAAUAAAGAAUUUUGCCUCCAGAUUGCUAACAGAGUUACAAAGACAAUGCCCGACGGAUUGGAAUGUUAGAAUAUCAUUACCAUAUUUCUCAACAGGAGGAAACCCGCAGUACACUGGAUAUAAAAGUAUGUGCGUAUUUAGUGAGACGGAAUAUUAUAGGAGAACUAGGGUUACUAAAAAGGAAUAUUAUGAACAUGGUGCUGAUUGGUGUACCAGGGACAGAUUUGGUUAUCAACAGCAGUGGUGA